GGACGAGAAGCUAGAGUAGCUUGCUGCUAGCUCAACUGCUACUACCUACCUAGCCGGCUGGGCCCAGCUACAUCUAAUGCUAUGUUACCUAUGCUAUGCCAUGUUUGCUCGUUCGGUCGUGCUGUCUGUUUGUCUGUGUGUUUGUCUGGCUGUCCGCCGAUGCUGGUGUAGGUGCCAUUGUGCGGAGGCAUCGUGAAGGUGCGCGCGAGGGAAGUGGGGGGUAUAGAUGUUGCUGUGCGUGGCGGUAUGAGUUUGGAUGUUGCGUGUAUUGAGAGAUUGUGGGCGCGGCGGAGUUGUCGGUUCGGAUAGGUCAGGUUACCAGUGGACGGCGGUUGGCGUGGGGAAGUUGAG